UGCAGAUUAGCCGACACAGAAGAGAAGGGCAACAAAUGCUUCUCCCUGACAACUGAACAGAUUCCAUGCAUGGAUGAAGAUAUGGUUGAAAGCUCCAGAAGAAAAGCAAGUCUGCAGAGGAAGGGGACUCAACACAUUUUCCCAGGAAAUAACACAAACACAUUCAGUUUCUGCUUCCUUAGUCGUACCAUUCCGUUGUGAAAGCAGAUCUUCUGUUUUCAUGAAUGUUUCAGAGAGGGGAGUCUCGCUCUGCGUCUGUGUCCCCCAUUUGGAUUUGUUGCUCUUAAAGAAGAAGACAGUGGGUACCCUGAUGAGGAGACUCACAAUGGGAGAGAAAGAAUGAUAGAGGGUGUUCCAAAGAAAAGGUAUAAGGAGCCACAAACAAGCUUAAACAAGGCGUAAAGAAGGUGUGGUGAGAAUCAGGUGCGGUGAUGGCGGCGUGGCUGGGCCGCCUGUCUCUGGGCGACGCCUGGUUCAACAUGUACUCUCGCCUGUUGAGGACCAAACCUGUGGGCUCCAUGGCUCAUGGCUCCGACGACCUCACUGAGCUCGGGGAAGGGUCGGGGAUCGGGCUGGCCAAGGUCCUGACUACAGUGGACCUGGUGUCGCUUGGGGUGGGCAGCUGUGUCGGCACUGGGAUGUACGUGGUCGCCGGACUGGUGGCCAAGGCGAUGGCCGGGCCCGGGGUCAUCCUGUCGUUUAUCAUAGCUGCGAUGGCGUCAAUACUGUCAGGUGUGUGCUACGCAGAGUUUGGAGUCCGAGUCCCAAAGACAACGGGCUCUGCCUACACCUACAGCUACGUGACAGUUGGGGAGUUUGUGGCGUUUUUCAUCGGCUGGAACUUAAUCCUGGAGUAUCUGAUUGGCACCGCAGCCGGGGCGUCAGCUCUCAGCAGCAUGUUUGACUCUCUGGCCAAUCACACCAUCAGCAACUACAUGAUAACACACCUGGGCACACUCCGAGGACUCGGUAAGGGUGAGGACACGUAUCCGGACCUGCUGGCCCUGUUUAUCGCGCUGCUGGUCACCGUUAUCAUCGCUCUUGGCGUGCGUAACUCGGUGGGUUUAAACAACGUGCUGAACGUGGUCAACCUGGUGGUCUGGGUCUUCAUGAUUAUUGCCGGACUCUUCUUCCUCUCCACCAAAAACUGGGAGGGCGGAAACUUCCUGCCCUACGGCUGGUCAGGGGUGAUGCAAGGUGCAGCGACGUGUUUCUACGCCUUCAUUGGAUUCGACAUCAUUGCGACAACGGGAGAGGAGGCGAAAAACCCGAACACCUCGAUCCCGUACGCCAUCACCGUCUCCCUGAUCAGCUGCCUCACCGCAUACGUGUCGGUGAGUGUGAUCCUGACGCUCAUGGUUCCCUACGAGCUGAUCGACGGCUCUGCUCCUCUCAUGGAGAUGUUUGCGGUUCAUGGCUUCCUAUGGGGGAAGUACAUUGUGGCGGUGGGCUCCAUCGCUGGGCUUACAGUCUCUCUGCUGGGCUCUCUGUUCCCCAUGCCAAGAGUCAUCUACGCCAUGUCCCAGGACGGCCUGCUGUUCAGAUGCUUGUCCCACGUGUCUGUGCUCACACACACUCCAGUGGUGGCGUGCGUGGUGUCGGGGAGCCUCGCUGCGCUCCUCGCUCUGCUGGUGAGCCUGCGGGACCUGAUUGAGAUGAUGUCCAUCGGCACUCUGCUGGCCUACACUCUAGUGAGCGUGUGUGUUCUGUUGCUGCGCUACCAGCCCGACGAACACACUGACACACACCAGUUCACCUCAGAGGACAACGGGGGCGACCUAAGCAACGCAGAGGUCCCGACGAAAGACGACCACAUGCUGAUCGGAGAUGUUGAUGGGUCAGCAUCCUAUCACACGGGAGGGACUGAAGGAGAGGGGGACGACUCUGAUUUCCACACAGGCCAGGCCUCCCUGAUGAAAAGGGUUCUGGGAGGUCACUACUACACCCUGCGACUGCGGCUGGGGAUGCCCAAUGCGUCUGCACGGCCCACCCCCGCCUCGGGCCGCACAGUGACCCGCUGCACCCUCCUCUUCUUCGUCACCUCCUUCCUCCUAUGGUCAACCGUCAUAUUCGGCGUUGAGCAGGGGGCUGGUGCCGCGGCGGUGUUUUCAGGCCUUACAGCUACUCUGAUGGCGGGGUCCUUGGUGAAGUUUUUAAUCGUGAUCAUACAGCAGCCGGAGAGUGGAAGAAAGCUGCCCUACAUGGCACCAUGUGUGCCCUUCGUCCCCGCGGCGGCCAUUUUGGUCAACAGCUACCUCAUGCUAAAACUGUCUCCGCUCACCUGGGCCAGGUUCACCAUCUGGUGCUUCAUAGGUUUGCUGAUCUACGGAUGUUACGGGGUGUGGCACAGCACUCUGGAGCUAAACGCCCGCGAGCAGCAGGCUCAUGCCAGUUCCUACCAGCGCUACGAUGACAACCUGGAUGCCUUCUCCUCUGAGGACAUCCUCCCCCCUGAGGACCAGGAAGAGAGGCCCUACCAGGGCUGGUCUGCCCCUGAGGAGAGAGGAUACAUCCACCAAGAGAACCAGGAUGGAGAGCAGGAGCAGUAUGAGGGGAAUGGGGACGGAUACCAAUCCAGCAAAGGAAGGACCAAUCAUGGCUUUAAUGAAGAGGACUGAAAACACCGUGGUAUCACUUUAAAACUUUGAAAGUGCCGUCUACAUGAGACACUGUUAAUAUAAUAUUGUUCUGCUCAGUUCAAAACUUGGUUUGGAUAAAGGGAUCAGAGGAUACAAGGGAAACCUCCAAUCACAGAGGUUUCUUUUAAAAGGAUCAGUUAUUUCCACCGUCUAUCCUGUUACUGACCUUAGUUUGGAUGUUUGUGUGAGACGCAGUGGUGUUGUGGUGGUGUUGCAAUUAAAAAGUUCCCUGCCAGUUUUCUGUGGAGUUAAAAUUGAACAAACUUUAGGCAAAGAUGGCCUCCAUUCUCCCUCUUCUCUUACCCCUUGUCUUUGUGAAUUUGUAUUCACCCAGAAAAACCCACUUAGCUACAUUCUAGCAGUAAGAGAGUUCCUGUCAACAAAAUAAAUAGUGGACUGUCAAUCUAAAAAGACUAAUCUAAUGAAUAACCCAGCUCGCAUUUUUUGUUGUUGUUGUUUAAAUGGUGACUCGAACAUAUUUGCAGUGGAUUUCUGAAGCCUUAAAAAGUCACUUUUGUGUUAGUUUUCUUGUUAGUGUUGAGUGAAUGCGAUUGAAAAUGAAAGACCCGUAGUUAGUUUUCUUUUGAGUGUUUGCUUUAAAACGUGUUCAAUCUAAGAAUUGUGUUAAUGUGUCUAAAUGAG